AUGCUCUCUCGUCUGCAGAGACGCCGGGCGUCGAUCCUGACCACAUGGCGCUCCUCUCUCCUCUCGACUGUGGCCGAAGCGCCUCCGCGUCCUGUGCGCGUCCGCUACGCUCCGAGUCCGACUGGAUCUCUGCAUCUCGGGGGGCUGCGCACUGCGCUGUUCAACUAUUUGUUCGCCAAGAGCUGCGGCGGGCAGUUUGUCCUGCGCAUUGAAGACACAGACAGAACGCGUCAGGUGGAGGGGUCGAUGGAAGCGCUCGUGGACAGUCUCAGGUGGUGCGGCGUCGAGGAGGAUGAGGGUCCUACUGUCGGAGGCCCCUACGGUCCGUACAUCCAGUCCCAGCGAUUGCCGCUCUACAUGGAGGCAGCUGAGAGGCUGAUUGAGAGCGGUCACGCGUACCGUUGUUUUUGCACCAGUGAACGUCUGCAGAAGCUGCGAGAGUCGCAGACGCGUCAUGGUGAAGCGACGAUGUACGACCGAGCGUGUCUCUCUCUGGACGAGAAGGAGGUGGCACAACGAGUGGCAAGCGGCGAGCCACACACUAUUCGACUGCGGGUUCCAGCGGGGAAGACGGCCGUCAAAGACUUGCUGCGUGGAUACAUUCAGUUCGACCACGCCGGCAUCGACGACCAGGUUCUGAUGAAGAGUGACGGCUAUCCGACGUAUCACCUGGCCAAUGUUGUGGAUGAUCAUGCCAUGCGUAUCACUCACGUUAUCCGUGGCGAGGAAUGGCUUCCGUCGACACCAAAACAUGUCAUUCUGUACAAGGCACUGGGCUAUGAAGCUCCUGCUUGGGCACAUUUAGGCCUGCUACUGAAUGAAGACCGCUCGAAGCUGUCAAAGCGUCAGGGCGAUGUUGCUGUCGAGGACUUCCGGGAUAAGGGAUUUCUACCGAGUGGCCUCGUGAACUUUGUUGCUCUAUUGGGUUGGAACCCUGCUGACGGAAACAAUCAAGAAAUAUUCAGCAUGAAAGAGCUGGAAAAAGAUUUCUCAAUCAACCACGUGAACAAAGCAGGCUCGGUUGUGAAUGUGGACCGUCUUCGAUGGAUCAAUUCCCGCCAUGUGCGGGCUCUGUUUGCAGAGGACAUAGCAACGGACGAGCACAGGGUCGCUGUCGUGAAUGAAGUUUUGCCGACUAUCUCUUCUGCCCUCAAAGAAGCAGGCUUGCCCUCAUCUACCAUAGAUGUCGUCGACAAAUUUGGCUAUGACUACACCUGGCGAGCCAUGAAUUUGAUGAAGGAACGUGUGAGCGCUCUUCCUGAGUUCGGUCCCCUUUGCGCCCCGUUCUUUACCGAUCCUGACCUUCGUUCUUCUGUGGCACGACACAUGAAAGCCACUUACAUUGACGAGUCAACGGCUGAUCUGGUAGCUCAAGUCCGGCUGAAUCUACGCAACCUCUCCGAUGAAGAGUUCACGCCGGAUUGUAUCACAAAGAGCAUCAAGGCUGUUGCAAAGAGUCGAAAACUCGGGCUCAAAAGGGUGCUGAUGCCGAUUCGUUACUAUCUUACGGGCAUGGAUGUUGGCGCUGGAUUAGGUGACACCAUUAAGCUGCUUGGCCGUGAAACAGUGCUUCGCCGUCUGAGGGUCGAGGAAGCAUUACAGGAACUGUAG